AUUCUAAAAUGGAAUAUAAGGCUCCAAUUGGUAUGGUUGCAAUUUUUUUUCUUUAUCAGUUUUACAGAGGAGGAAGUCAAAACAGCGGUAUGGAAUUGUGACAGCACCAAAGCACCAGGGCCAGAUGAAUUCACUUUCGGUUUUAUAAAGAACGAAUGGGAGGUGAUCAAAGCAGAUAUCAUGGAAUUCCUCAAGGAUUUUCACAGAAAUGGAAAACUGGUAAGGGGCUCUAAUGCUUCUUUUCUCGUCUUGAUACCGAAGACUGAGAAUCCCCAAGGUGUGGAGGAGUAUCGACCCAUCUCUUUAAUUGGAUGCACUUACAAAAUUCUUGCCAAACUGCUAGCAAAUAGGCUCAGCAAAGCAUUGAACUCAAUUAUAGGAGAAAAUCAAUCUGCUUUUAUUGAGGGAAGGCAACUUGUAGAUGGAGUGGUUGUUGCAAAUGAGGCGAUUGAUGGGGCACGAAAAAGAAAAUCCCGAUGUUUUAUUUUCAAAAUUGACUUUAAAAAAGCCUAUGAUAAGGUGUGCUGGUCCUUCCUUGAUUACAUGAUGGAGAGAAUGGGUUUUGAUAUAGUAUGGAGGGGAUGGAUUGCGGAAUGCUUAAAAUCAAACACGGUGUCUGUUUUAGUCAACGGAAGUGCUACCAAAGAGUUCUCGAUGACAAGAGGGCUUCGACAAGGCGACCCAUUAUCCCCAUUCCUGUUCCUAAUGGUGGCAGAAGCUCUAAAUGGACUAACUUCCGCAGCUGUUGCAAAGGGACACUUCCGGGGAGUCAAAAUAGGAGAUGGAGAGUUAGAAAUUAGCCAUCUUCGGUUCGCGGAUGACACACUUUUCAUGGGAGAGGCGACUGAAGACAACAUUUGGACAGCAAAAUGCAUAAUGAGGGCAUUUGAAUUGGUGUCAGGGCUGAAGAUAAACUACAGAAAAAGCUCUUUAAUUGGAGUGAACACAGAUGAAGACUGGACCAGAAACAUGGCAUGGAUGUUGAACUGUAAAACCGAAUCCCUCCCUUGCAAGUACCUCGGCAUGCCACUGGGGGCAAACCCAAAGAGAAUAUCCACCUAGAAACCUUUAUUAGACACAUUCAGAAGAAAACUCUCAGCUUGGAAAGGCAGAUUUUUAUCUCUCGGUGGACGAAUUACCCUCAUAAACUCUGUGCUAUCCA